AUGGCUGAAAAAUCCUCACGAUCAAAUACAAAUGUACAAACAUCAUCAUCAUCUAAAAUGGCUACAACUUUAAUGGCUUAUGCUCAGUUAGAAAUAGAUAAUAGUGUAACAUGUAUACCAAGGCUUUGUAAAUUUAAUAUUGUUCGUAUUGUAUUACAUCGAUCAAUUGAUAGUGGAGAUUUGAAUGCAAUUGUUCUUGCAGUAAAAAUUCAAAGUAAUAGACGAACAUUCCGUUGUUGUGAAAUUCCUCUUCAACAAGAUGGAACUUUAGAUGCACCUGUUAAUCUACAAUAUUUUAUAACUUAUCCUCAUUACUUUAAAAGAGAUAUAAAUAAUGUUCAAAUUUAUGUUCAACGAAGAAAAAAUCGACCAAUGAUUGGUUAUAAAACAUUAGCAAAAGGCGAAGUGAAUCUCGAUCAUGUCAUUCAACAUCCGCAAAGUAUGAAUCUUCAUUUAUAUUUAAAUACAAAUGAAAAAUCUAAACAACAAAUACGUUCAAUAAAUCAAGAUGAAUUAUCUACUACGAAAAUCGAAAAAUAUCUUGUUGGUUAUGUAUCAAUAGUUUCUUUAUCAAGUACAAUUCCAAAUGAAUCUGAAACUAUAGCACGUCCAGAACUUGGAUUAACAUCAAAUCGAUUAUCAAUAAAACAUCAUCAUUUUGAUAAAUCAUUUAAUGAUGAUGAUGAAUAUAUCGAAGAAGAAGAAUUAAAUUCUGAACUUGAAGAUAGUGAUCUUGAAUUUAAUAGUAAAAAUAAACAAAAAUUUAAUCCAAAUAUAAUACGAAAUAAAUUAAUUCAAAUGUUUAAACGUAAAAGUGUUCAAUCAGCAACAAAUUUAAAUAAAAAUUCUACUACAACAACAACCAAUACAACAACACAUUCAACAAAUUUAAAUAAUCAACAUGCGAGAUUUAAAUUAAAUCGUCAAUCAGAUAUUGAAGAAGAAGAAGAUCCUCCAUCAGAUAUGAGUGAUAGUACAAUACCUGUUGAUCAAUGGAGUAUUGAAUCUGUACCUAAACCAGGUUUUACACCAGUUGAACAUUUACAAAUACUCAAAAUUUGUGAAGAUGACCCAUGCUCAACAAGAAAAUCAACAAAUCCAUUUGAUAGUAAUGAUAGUCCAUUAGAUUCAGAUACAUCGGAUUUUGGUAUAGAUAUUGAUCGAACACAAUUACCUCAACAAAUCAUAUCAAUACCUGAAGAAAAAUUACUACAACGUUCAACAAAUAUACGUGAUAAUUCUAUUAAACAAUUUGAUGAACUCUAUGCGAAUGAUCGCCUUCCGGAUUCUGUUAUAUUUCUUUAUACAGGUCUUAAUCAAUCGAAUGUAAUUUUCUCAUAUUUGGCUAAAUUUCUUGGUAGUUUGGAUUCUCAAUAUGAAACACUCUUUGGUAAUAAUGAAUCUUCAAAUGAAAUAUCAGAUAUACGAGAUUUAUCACAAAAGAUUACACGAUAUUUAAAAACUUCUCAACGUACACUUUCAUUACCUGUUGGUGAAGUUAUGUUAAAUCGAAAAGGAAAAUUACCAGAAGAAGAUUCAUCACCAACAUUUUUACCAUUCUUUUGUUAUGUUUGUCUUGGAACAUUAUCAUCGAAUGAAAGUCAAUUAUCAUCUAUUGAUGAUAAUGCUCUUUUGUCUGCAUCAUUAUCUUUAUCUAUAUCAACAAAUCAACAAUCACGCGAAUUAAAAGAUUCAUCUGAUGAUGAAAAUAGUCAAACAAUAUUAUCAAGUUCUCCACAAUCUAAAAUAGCAAAUCAAUUAAUAAAAAAUUCUCAUACAGAUGAACCAUCGACAUCACCAGUUGAUGUAUCAGUUGAUUAUUGGACUAUAAUUGAUAAUCAAAAAGAAAAAAAAGAUGGAAUAAGAACAAUAAAAUCAUCAUUGAAAUCUAAUAUACGUGUAUUAACAAUUACAAGACAAUUAAUAAUGAAUUCAGAUGAUAAAAUAUCUCCUUCAUUAACAAUGACUUAUGUGACACGUGAAAAAAAACAAAAAAUUAUGAAAUUUGGAAAAAAACUCAAAGAUUUACAAAAUACAAAAAUGAUUGAACCUCAAGCUAUAACUGGUAUUAAUCGACUCGUUUGUACAUCCAAAUCACAUAAUGUUGAAUUAAAAGUUAAUGUCGAUGGACAAGAAUGGGAUAAUGUCAAGUUUUUUCAAAUAUCAUCACAAUGGCAUACACAUAUUAAAUAUUUUCCAUUAGCUUUGUUUAAUGAUAUACGCAAUGUGUAA